AUGGCGCGGUGGUUGUCAUUCUUUGCGGAAUACAACUUUACGGUCGAGUACAAACCAGGACGACUUAAUGUCGUCGCUGAUGCACUCUCACGUCGUCCCGACUUUGAAACAGUCGCGAAACCCAACGGUAAGACAGUCACUGUUGCGGUUAUGACGUCCUCAGUCCCAUCUACAACGUUGUAUGGUGAUGUGAGGCGGGCAUACGCCCAAGAUGAUCGAUACACUACUCGCAACGGGUUACUGUAUUAUACAGCCGUUUCUGGUGACACACCACGUGUUGUCGUUCCAGAUGAUACUGAUCUGCGUUUGCGGAUUAUGUUCGAGUAUCAUGAUGCUCCUAUAGGAGGACAUCGUGGCCGAGAGAAAACGUAUCUCACGGUGAGUCGAGACUUUUACUGGCCCCGCCAGUAUCAGUUUGUGCGCAAGUAUGUUCGCGCAUGCGAAGUCUGUCAACGAGUGAAGUCAAGUCCUUCACUGCGUGCACCUUUACAGCCUCUACCGGUUCGGGCUGAGUUCUGGGAAUCCGUCUCAAUGGAUUUUGUCUUCGGAUUACCCAAAGACGCACGCGGGAAUACGGGUAUUCUCGUUUUGUUGACAGAUUCAGCAAAAUGGUACACCUUGUGGCUGUACCAGAGACAAUCACGGCAAGUGGCUGUGCUUGUGUCUUUAUUGACACCAUCUUCCGACUUCAUGGGUUGCCCCGUGAACUCGUAUCAGACAGAGAUCCACGCUUCACAGUAA